GACAGAGAAGAGGAAGGAGGCAGUUCUGUUGAAAAGCCAAAACAUGAAAGUUGGGGAGGAGAGAAAAGGGAAGAGUGAAAGAGAGAAUACAGACACAGAGAGGCUGCAGCUGAGGAGGGAAGGAGGACAGUGAACGGAUAAACAGACUGAAGGAUUUUCAAAAAACCAGAGAGAGGAAACGAACUCUGCUGCUGCAUCCUUGAAAAAGAACGAGUGAGGGAGACAGACAGAGGAAAAUCUGACAUGAGGAGGACAGAGAGGGGUGACAGAGGGGAGAGAAGAGUGAGGCGAGGGGGGCGGAGGGGACGGUUGACAAAAUAAGAGAUUUGCAGUGUUCAGAACAGCGACAGCUCGCAAUGAUUCAGGUCAGAGGUUCCUGUUUGUUCUGUCACAAGGGGGAGAGAAAAGGGAAGAAGGACAAACAAGGACAGGUAGUAAAACAGAGUGAGGUGACAAAUGGAAAAAAAGAAAAGAGGAAAUGUUGCAGAGCGUGUACUCUGUUAGGCUUCACACUGUGGUAGUAGAAAAGUUUGGAGCACUUUGAACAGAGGGAGUGGAGAGAGAGAGAGAGAGAGAGAGAGAGACUCAAACACCAAAAAAGGUCUGGAGUCAGAGCUGGAGGAACUGCAGGGCUUGACAGAUGCUGCACACCCAGGGGGAGAGAAGAAGAAGGAGAGAGGCAGACAGACAGACAGACAGACAGGCAGACAGACAGACAGACAGACAGACAGACAGACAGUGACAUAUAAUGACAAACAGCAUAGAGGAAAAAGAAGAGCAAGUGAUCGUAAACCAGAAAAAAGAGAGAAGAAGACCGAACACGAACUUUUAAAAGAGGAUGUUUGCAUAGAAAUCUCACACCCGCUCCGCUCUGUUCAAGCAGAGUCGGUAAAAAAGAAAAGGCAGAAAGGGUGCAGAGGGGGGUGGUGUUUGGUGUUUGGUGUUUGGUGGUGGUGGUGGUGGUGGUGGUGUUAGGUGGUGAUCCAGAAAAGAUCCAGAGAGUGAGUGUGUUUGCUGGGUGAAGGGGGGGUUAUGGGAGAGGGAGGUGGUGGCAGUCCAAAAGUAGUGUAGAUAGUCAGGGCGGGCUGUUACUGUAAAUGUGGAAGAUCCUGCUUGUCUCAACAUCCAUGGACACCAGGGCUUCACCUCGACUCUAAACCACAAGGACCCCUCUGUAACCGGGCGUCAUGUCGACGGGCCCUGGCCUUGGUGCACCUGACCUGGCCGAGGGCCCCGAGACCAGGGGACCUGUUGGGCUCCAGACCCUGUUGGACCUACUGGUGGGCGUCUAUCAGGAGUUUUACUCCUCGCCCUUUGCAAGGGAGAAGUACGUCUCUGGUUUUCUGGAAUGGGCUGAGCCCCUCGUGAGGCAGGUGAAGAGGACUCGCAUCAAAAGAGAAGACUUCCACAUCCUGAAGGUGAUUGGCCGAGGCACAUUCAGCGAGGUUGCUGUGGCGAGGAUACGUAGCACACAACAAGUGUAUGCUCUGAAGAUUAUGAACAAGUGGGACAUGCUGAGACGAGGACAGACGGCGUGUUACCAGGAGGAGAGGGAGGUUCUGCUGAGAGGUGACAGACGCUGGAUCACGGAGUUGCACUACGCCUUUCAGGAUGACAACUAUCUGUACCUUGUGAUGGACUACUAUGUAGGAGGGGACCUGCUGACUCUGCUCAGUAAGUUUGGAGACCGGAUCCCUGAGGACAUGGCUCAGUUCUACCUGGCCGAGAUGGUCAUGGCCAUUGACUCAGUCCACAGAUUGGGUUAUGUACACAGAGACAUCAAACCUGACAACAUCCUGCUCACAGCUGAUGGACACAUCAGACUGGGAGACUUUGGUUCCUGUUUGAGGGUCCUGGAGGACGGGAUGGUUCACUCGUCUCUAGCCGUCGGGACGCCUGACUAUUUGUCUCCAGAGAUUUUAAAGGCAGUAGAGGGAGGUGGAGGUUACGGUCCUGAAUGCGACUGGUGGGCUCUUGGGAUCUGUGCCUAUGAGAUGCUACUGGGGACCACACCCUUCUAUGCAGAGUCAAUCUCUGAAACAUAUGCCAAGAUAAUCCACUUCCAGGAGUAUUUUGAGUUCCCAUCUUCAGGCCCUGAGAUUUCAGACAAUGCUCGCUCCUUCAUCUCGGGGCUCAUCUGUGAGAGGGAAGUCCGUCUGGGGCGGAAAGGCUCGAGUGAUUUCCGGAGCCAUCCGUUCUUCUGUGGACUGGACUGGAGUUCGCUGCAUAAACUCCCUGCUCCCUACCUGCCUGACGUAUCUAACCCAACUGAUACCUCCAACUUUGACAUCCUGGACGACUGUCUCAGUGAAAUGGAGACGUUAUCUGAUGUCAUGGACAGAGCUCCGAUAGGAGUACACUUGGCUUUUGUUGGAUACUCUUACACUGCUACCAGUCAGACGGGUGCCAUCGACCGCAGUCAGGACAUCAUGAUGCAGAUCGACCACACAAGGCUCAGGGACUGUGAGACUCUUUAUACACCAGAGAAGCUGAGCCAGCUGUGGCAGCUCACAGACGCUCUACCAGACGACCUGCCGCCACUGCUCGAGCUCCCACUCACUCUGGAGCAAGAUCCUACUGCAUCCACCCACACCACCACCGAGGAAGAGGAGGAGGAGACUGACCAAAUAUCGGGACUCAAUGACGACUUGCAGAGGCGGUUACAAGAAGCAGAGAGGAGAUAUUGUGAGCUGGAGAAAGAGAUGGAGCGACUGAAGGGGGAGAUGCAGGACUGGAAAGCUCCCAAGGAGACAGAGCUGAGUAUCUGCCCAGCAUCUCUUGCUCUGCCUGCCCACUGUGUGGACGCACCGGGGGAUAAGCUUUGGAGUUGUUGCAGGGAGAGAGCGCCCCCAUCCUGCCGUUACCCGCUGGUGAUACCUCUCCACCGCCACCUGCUCCUGUUCUACAGGGUACAGAAAUCACUUUGGGUUCGGCCGAUGCAGGAUUUUCAAUGUUUUGCUGUUGUUCGCCUGCCACAGGUGAGGAGUGAGUCGUACCUGCUGGUGUGUGCAGAAGGCGGGGAGCUCCUCGCCUGGCAGAGACACUGUUACACCGAGCUCUCCUAAAUGCAUCUUAUGGUGGCACAUGCUGACUUCUCCCACUGUAACAGCACAAAGGACUGAGCCUCUGCUCUGUGCUCACUCCCUGCCCCACUCCUCAGCCUUCCCAAGACAAAGGAAAACACAGAGGCUGUCAUUACUGUGUGAGAUUUUCAAUGCUACGAAAGACACGUCAGACUGCUGGAAGCUCACGAGGAAGAAAUGAUGAGGACGUCUUCUGACCUACCUUUGCCUGCUUGCCAGACUUAAAGUCUGAAUGAGAUACACUGAGUGACAGUGACAGUAACUCCAUGAGCAUCCUCAGUGAGAUUUCUCUUGUGUACCAUGUAUCUGCACCGAGGGGUGGUUUGCAUUUGUGUUGCACUACUAUAGGCAUGUAUUUGCUGUGCCUGUUCUAGUAUUUAAAAUGUUUAUUAAUAAUGAUAUCUGUAUAUUAACUUAGGCAAAAAUUCCACCGGGCAUCCUCUCCAACCUCGCGGCCAUCGGUUAGUUCUUUAGGCAUUAGAUGUUAGUGUGUGAAAGGUGCAUAAAGUUAAGUAUGAAGCAUAGAGAUAACUGAGGCAGAACACUAAAGUUGAUUGACAUCAGUCAUCAUUCAUGCAAGUCCCCGUUCCCCAAAUAUAUGACUACUAUUUAAUGUUUUUCUCCGACAUGAUCGGGUAACACUUUAUUUUGAUUUUGAACAUUUCAGCAGCUUAUUAGCUUUUCUGAUAUUACACCAAUGUGGUUCAGAUUUAGUUACAUUUAUGCACAAAAUAACAUUAAUUAUUUGUGAAUUGUCACAUAUACUACAUAUACUAUAUAUCUAUUAAACAAAUAGAGACAAAGCAAAACGCUGAAAUGUUACAAACUAUCCAGAUAAAGCGUGACCCACGCUCGUCUAAAACCCUUUUGCACAUGGCCAGGAAUGCUGAUGCAGAGAUAUGAAACUUCUUUAUUCUGAUUUAUUGUUUUGGCACAUUGAAGAAUUGGAAUUUACCAGAUUAUUGAUGUAAAUGCUGCAACUGUAGAAUGUAAACUCUUUCUCAGGUUCUUUAUAAUUCGCUGAAGUCAUACCAAGGAUGUGUUUGUUCAGCCCUCGCUGCUGGCUGCCACAGGUCGAGAAGAGAACGAGUGUCCGGCUGACAAACCUGCAAAAAGAACUGGAGAGCAAACGAAAGUGUAGUUUCAUCAGAUGACACAUUACAACACCGACUGCACUCAUGUGUUGCAUUUGCACUCUGCUGCAAUAUUAAUCACCUCUUUUUGCUCUAUGUAUUGUAAGACCUUCAAUGAAACUCUAUUAUCAUUGUCAGAAAUGUAAUCGCUUCCAAUACAGAGGUGAGGAAACUCCUCACAGGUGGUGUGAACAGCGACAAAGGUGUAGUCACCAUGCAGUCUGAUUCUCCCUCUUCCAGAAUGAUAAUGGGUUAGGCCAGAUCUUUCUCCAACAAAGUGUGGAGGUACUGUAAGUCCAGCUAUGUGGUUUCUGUGGAGCUUUGCUGAGUUCUCAAAAAUAUUUAAGGGAAAUCAAACGAAUGUAUUUAGAAAACUGCUUUGAUAUACUCCAGGACAAAUGUAAAGAAAGAUAUAAAGAGAGAUAUAAAGAGUAAAAGAACGGUUGAUAGAGUGACAGCAGAUCGUGGCAUGUGCUAAAUAAAUGGUUUUUAAUUGUGGACUCAACGUCAUCAAGAAGACUUAGACUCAAUGUGAUGAAUGAUCUGCCUGAGUAAGUCAAAUCCCUUUAUUUACAGGUGAGAGGCAAACAUAAUCUGAAUUAUUAAGUGGAAUUAAUAAAUGUUUUAUGAUCCAAA